GGGAGCCGAAGAGUAGGGACGGGGCGGCCAUAAAGGCGGUCCCGGAUCCCCGGCCGGAGGUUCCCGGCCACUGCAGGGGUGGCUGGGCCCUAGAGUGCUGGGGGGCCAUGGCCAGGGUCACGGUCACUGCGGCGGGGGUGCAGGCCGGUUGCAGCCACGGCGUGCUCACCCUGAUCUUCAUCUUACUGCAGGUGGCACUGGACAGCGCAGAUGGCAGCUGUGACCUCGCCGACCAGUGCCCGCCUAGUGCCAGCUGGACCAGCCUGUGGUAUGUCUGGCUCAUCCUGUUGACGGUGUUCCUGCUGCUCCUCUGCGGCAUCCUGGCCAGCUGCAUCAAGUUCUGCUGCCAGAGGAAGCGGCCGCCCGUGCAGACCACGUUCCCCCUCCCCAGGAGGCCCUACGACCUGACGGUCAUCACCGUGGACAAUGAGAGCACCAUCCACAGCACCGUCACCUCAUACAGCUCCAUUCAGUACCCCUUGGGCCCACCCCUGCCACUGGCAUUUCGGGAGAUGGAGCCAGGCACCGUGUCCCCUCCAGCCUACAGCCUCUAUGCCCUGGAGCUGCCCCCCUCCUAUGAAGAAGCCAUUAAGAUGGCCAAGCCAGGCUUGGAAGGAGCCCCGCCCUCCCAGAAAGCCAGCCUGGGCCCAGAACAACCUGACCCCCGUGGGGACUCCCAGCCCCGGCCAGAGCCAGGGCCCGACCCCGCCCCAGACCCUGCAGAGUCCCAGCCAUAGCCCAGGAGCAAGAGGGGCUUUGGAAAGAGCUGUCCCAGGAACCUUAAGGAGCAGUGGGCCCAGGGGAGCGGCCAAGAUGGGGGGUUGAUGGACACCAUCCUUGAUGUCCCUGCCUCUGGCUAGGGGCCAGCUCAGCGACCUUCACUCAGAAGGGGAUCUGGUGACACCCGAGGAGCAGGCCGGUAAAAAUAGCAGAUGACCCUGGCCAGCCUAGGCCUCUCCCCCCCAGGGGGAGGAACAAAAUGUCCUGGGCUCCAGUCGCCUGACGUCAUCAGCAAGGGAGAGUGUGCUCGGGCCCCCCACCUGGGGGCUGUCAGUUCUGGCCAGGUCAAGCCAGGCUGAGGAGGUGAAGGAGGGCCCGUCCUCCGGUGGCCUCUCUCCCUGAGAGUCAUCUAGGAAUUGUGUGUGACUGUAGCCACUGGCCGUGCAAUGGUCACAAUCGGCAGAAGAGACUAGGAAUGUGAAAACCACCCAAUGGGGAAGGACCUAAGCCCACCACAGGGCUCAGGCUGGGGGAGGACUCUCUCUCAACACCAGCAGAGACUUCCCUGGCUAUGGUGGGAAGAGACUUCCCCUAGCUCACCUCAGCUCUGCCCCCCUCUGCUGGAUCUCAGAGCCAGACGGGACCUUCAGACCCCAUUUACUCUGACCCAGGCCUAAAAGGACUUUCCCCUAGGGUGGAGCCAACAGAUGGUCAUCUGGCCUUCAGUGAGGGGAUGAGGACAACUCAUUACCUCCGCAAAUCACCCAUUAAGUCACAGGAAGAUUUUCUUUAUGUGAAGCCUCAAUUUUGCCUUUUUGUAACUUCUACCCAUAACUCUCCGAGGACAAACAGGGCAAACGUAAUCACCCUUCCGUGUGAUAGCGACUCCGAGGCUUGGAGGGGAUCAUGGCCUCUCCUCCCACCCCAGUGCUCCCUUCUCCAGGCUAACAGACUCCUUCUUCUUUGAUGCCCAUCCUCACGUGGGAUGGACCUGGCCCCUUCACCGUUCUGGUUGGCCUCCCCGACCCUUUGUUGGUCAUCUAGGCCUGAUGCUGUCCAGCACUGAGGUGGAACUGGGGCUGCAGGGUGGACCUGGGGGUUUGGCGGGGUGGGGGGAUGGAGUCCCUUAUGUCUCGUUCUUGAAUUAACUGCUCCAGGCUAGUUGUCCACUUUGAUUUCUAUGACAUUUCUCUUUGGGUGGGGGGUAAAGUUUUAGGGUAGAACAUUGUGCCUGAGUUCAAAUCCAGCCUCAGACAUUUAUGAGUUUUAUGACCCUGGGCAAGUCACUUCCCCUCUGUUUA